GUUGAAAUCACAUUGCAUUGAACAACAGCUUCUCACUGAAGAAGGUCAUUUUCGCAGCGACCUGGCCUCGCAGUCGCUCCCGUGAUGAAAACCAUAUGAGCCGACUACCCAGUGCACCGUACUAUUCGUCUACACGACUGCAUAGAGUUAACACGGGCUGCUUACUCCCCUCCUGAUGUACACAGAGGUAAAUCUACUUAAUGUGUGGCGCUAGCUGGACUAAAAGGGAGAGCGCAUGACUUGGGGUGACGUCAGAUACGGACAGGUAUUAACAACCUAAAAUAGAAUCUGGGGAUUUCGAUUGUCAGUCACUAGUGAAACGCCGCCGAGAGAGAUACGCUCGCUUUAACGUAGAAACUAAACGUCGCUAUUCCGACCACAGGUAAUUGAUCUGUCAUUUAUUUCGACGAAAUUCAACGGAGAUAUAUUAGUUAAAUGCUUGUGCAAAAUACGCCGAUAUUGCGGGGCGGCCCCUUUGUGGCUAUUAUCUGUUAUCUCCCUACACUAUUAUUAAAGUACAAUGUGAUCAUGUGGAAACAUACGCUGCAGUAACAUAAUUUGGUUGAGGAGGAUGGUUUAUUACUCCCGAGCCCUACAAGUUGCCUGAUUGGCACCUUUUACCUUCAGUUUUGUACUCUGGGAGACUGCGGCAAGGAGGGACUUCCAGAGGAUUAUACUACUACAAAGACAUAAUUGCGGUUUAACGUGGCCUUAAUAGCUGCUGUGCCGCUCUCACCCACCACACUGGAAUCGGAAGGGGGUGUUCCGAGUCGGACAGCGCGUGGAGACACAACUGUCAAAUGUGCUCUAGGCUUUAACCAUGCAAUCACGGCCGGUUUAGCACAAUAGUUGAACAGUCACAGCCAGCAGACGGGCCUUUUUCAAGUAACUUCCAGCCUAAGACGAUAGAAUGGAUAUUGGUUGUUUUAGAUUUGAAUGCUAUCAGCACAGUGUACGUAUAUUUCUCUUAACUACGGUCAACUGUACGGGCUAGUUGUCUGGGGUCCCAUGUAAAAUUUGAACCUGAGCCAAGUAGAGAUUUAUCGAAGUCUCAACACAAUCCUAUAGGACUUGUGGACUUUUCAGCCUUCACCAUUCCGUCUACAGGGUCACGUCAUGAACGGGGCGCUGCUACCGGCUGCCGCUAACAGCAUCGUCACCAGUACCGUUCUCCCUACCUUUACAUCCGUGGCGGCGGCAGCGGCGGUGAGUAAAGAAACGCUGAACCCCCGCUUGAACGCCGAAAUGGCAGCGGGUUUGAAGUGGGAUUUAAAUGAUGAACCGAACGCAAGAUAUUAUACUAGGACAUCGGAUUAUAAGAAGCGAAGACGAGAGCAUCGGAAAAAAUUACUCAGACAGUCUCGGCGAGAAGAGAGGAGUUUAUUUCAAGGACAUGUGAAAAGAAAAGUAAAGUUUUUUAGCAAAACAGAAAGGAUUUUACAAAUCUGGCCUGACGGUACCGUGAACGGUACGAACACAGCAGAGAACUCGCCAUACGGUAUAUUGAAUCUUAUCACAGUAUUGACUUCUAUGGCAUAUAAAUGGCCAGCCGAUAAGAAAAAACCUGCACAGACAGUGCUAAGCAUACAGGGGAUUAAAAGUUCGCGAUAUCUGUGCAUGGAUAACAGAGGACGUCUGUACGGAGGGAUCAACCGAACGGACGAGUGUUUAUUUUAUAGCAAGUACCUUCCUCACCAUUACGAAGUGUUUUACAGUAAAAAGUAUUAUACAAACUCUACAAGCGGAAGGAAGAGAUGGUAUAUUGCUAUGAACAAAAACGGAAGGCCGAGAUCGGGACGGAAAACUUUGAGUCAACAAGACCGCGCCCAGUGGAUUAAAAAACCCCUAGACGAUGUUUUUGCACCAAAGGGAGGUGACGAGAGGGUGUUUGGUUACGUAGGGAGUACGAUGGCACCUGUGACAACCGAAACCCCUCAUAUUAGACAUAGUAAACACAACAAAAGGUGCAACAGACGCAAGCGGCGAGGGUGUGGGCGAAGUAGAAAGAGGAAUAAGAAGCAUAAUAAAGACAAAAAUAAUAAUGAUAAUAAAAAUAAUAGGGACCGCGCUGAAAAAGAGAGUCAAAAGAAAACAGACCUUAGGGCUGUCAGUGAAGAUAGCAAAAAAGACGUAGAAAGUCUUAUUGUGGAACUGUCUGGCAAUGACAAGUCUCUUGCGAAGCAAAACGAGAAAUUGCAAAGCCAAAACCAAAAGACUGAAACAAUUUCAGAGCAUGUCGGUGGAAAUGCGGCGUCUAGAACGGCUCUUCAGGCGGUUCGUCCCACAAACCCUUCCGAGAUCCCAUGUGGAGGAGGGGGAGGGGACACGUCAAAGUCUCGAUCCACGCGGAGGAGGAAAAAGAAACACAGAAAACGACGAAAGAGGAAAGGAAAAAGGCAUAGGAAGAAUAGAAACAGAGACAGGACUAUCAGUGGAUGACAUUUCUCCACUAGAAAUAAUGCUAUAGUGUACAUAUGUAAAAUAUUUAUGAUUCUCAAGGUUUGACAUCAUCGAAGUAGGGCCCUGCGCGCCCCCGCAUUCGCUAAGAAGAAAUGAUGUAGUUGUUAUGUGAUAAGACGCAGAUUAGCCAAAAGUUGUGAAUCAAAACUGUGUAUAAAUGCUCACUGUAUAUAAAAAACAUACAGGAUAAAGAGUUAAGUACGCAAGUAGCGUAUGUCUGUAUUAGGCUGAGCCUUUGAUCAGAUAUGGUCUCUUUAAACUUAAAGAGCGGUUCAGGCAGGGGGUUCUAUGAUUCUUUUCAUUACGCAUUUCUUUUUUCUUCAUGUUGUCUCAUAAGUCACUGCCACAGUUAAACUGCACAUGACAUAGAAGACCAACACCACGAUCUCCUUAAUCCCGUCAACGUGGUAGAAAUACCAUGAUCGAUAACCGACAAGAGUUUAUGGGUAGAAAGGAACAAAGUCACGGCUUUGAAACGGCUUUGUGUUUUAAUGGGAUGGAAAUAAUUCAAAAUUCGAGUUACAGUUAAUUACGAUGAUUGCACCGCCCAACCUCUGUCAAACUGCGUCAAUUAUUUAUGUUAUUCCACCCUCCCAUGUCGACCCCGCCGCCCCCCUCUGAUUUGAAUCAAAGGGAAUAUCGACUCUCCGAAUGGCAAUGUUAACCAAAGGCGAAGAUUGGCAAUAGCUUACUCAAUCUACAGUAAUGAUGUAAUUGACUUUUUAUUUAUUAAGUUAUUGAGUAUAUUUAUUGUUAUAUUUAUUAAUUUAUUCAUUGGGAAUAAGAGGCAUGUUGUAUUCAGACAAUUGUAAAGGAAAAACAGAUGGUGCAACUGGCGACAGGCACGUGCGUUUAAAUGCAUGUUCUUGUGUAUUCUGUAUGCACUUCGUGUUUUUGCGUUGGUUAAUAAGCAAAACG